ACGAAUGGUGCAGAGGCAGGGCUAAUAGAAAGGAGCCAAUGAUGUAGACAAUCCUGUGCUGUUCAGCUGAGACAUGAAGAGCUGCAAGGAGUGGCGGUGGAGGAGAGCGACUGAAAGUGCACGAGAGCACUGAGGAGGAAAGCAGGUCGAAGAGUGAAUGUGGAGGAGGGAAAGAGUGUAAACGAAAGAGAUAGGUGGAGCACCAAAAAGAGGAGAGACAUUUGUCGGCUUACAUCUUCUAAAAACUGAGCCAGACACACAGAAAUCAUGACCAACAUCACAGCUACUGUUCAUCCAAACAAUCUCCCACUGCGAGAAGAGGGAGUCCCUCUGUCCCUCGUCUCCUUUCAGGUCCAGGAAGUCUACCCAUUUCAUGAUGGCUGGAAUGUGGCCUGUUUCAUCAUCCUUCUUCUUUUUAUUCUCACCGUCCUGUCCUUGGCAGCGUUGGCUGUGCUCUAUGAGCUGCUGGACUGUGGGUGCUGCGCCAAAGGGAAAACACACCACCAGCUACAGGAGGAAGGGCCGGGAAGCUGCAGCAAGCUUAUGAGUAGCAUGUGCAAGGAGCCAGAAUCCCACACUGAGGUGGUAUAGUGGCAGCAAGGACGAAGAAAAGAAUAAUAGGAAUUUGGAUAUCGUUGCUCAUUUGGACAGUACCACACUACUGACUAAGAUGUUUGCAAAAAUGAACUCCCAAAAAACCCCCAAAACACCCAAAGUAAUUCAGUUGUUCACAAUUAGAGGUGAAAGCUGGUGACUGAACGAUAUAAAUGUACCCACAUCUACCGCAGACCCCAAAAGCCAUAUUUCACUUCUGAAAUACUCCCAGAAGAAAAGAAGAUCACCUGAGUACUUAUAACAUGGCUUAAAAACACACAUUGCCCAUAUUAUGGCCUUUGAAUUAUUCCCUACAACUUUACUAUUUUGUGGAUGUAAAAGCUUUGCUAAAUUACAGUUCGAAGCCCAUUUCAAAUAACUUAUUUAUGAGAAAACAUUGCCUUUAUUUUUAUGGGAAUGUUGCCAGAACAACAGAAAAUCCCCUAUGUUUAGUGCUAAUACAGCUUCUGCACUCAUCUCUUGCUCACAGAAAUUGUAUUCUAAUACUGCAGAAUUUCCAAUAAAGCAGUUCUCAUUUACAUAAUAUUCUUUUUCAGGUGUAAGUAAAUAAUCUCGAUAAAAUAGUCAUAAACAGCCUGUUACCAUAAACCGUAUACUAUUUUUAAGCCAUUUUCUACCCACUCCUCUGCAUAGCUUAGGUCCUCACAAAAGCAACACUGGCUGACAAAAACAAGCUAAAGACUACGGCUCUACUUUACAUUACAUGGAAAGAGACAUGAGCAAAACAAAGGGUAAAAGAGGUGCUGCAGCAGUGUACAGUAUAACAAAACUAAUACAUGCAUGUCCGUGUGUUUUACAAGCAUGGGACACACAAAGUCUAAGCUGAUGACCCCAGCUAGUCCUAAGCACCAAGACAAUAGUUAGCUGAUGCAUCUCUUAAGGUUACUCUUCAUCAUAUAUAAAUGAGGCAAAUUGUUAUUCAGUUAUUUUCUGCUGAUAUACACGUGAAAUAAACUCCUCGUGUCUCCAAAUCUGCCUCUUCUGCCUGCCGGUGUACGAUGCUGCACAACCAGCUCAGCUCUUUUAUCCAUGUCAUAUAGUGGGUGGCUAGUGCUACAUCAAUAAAGUGUAAUGCUUAAUUGUUAUGAACACUCUGCCUUUGGGUCGAACAGUUUUCCUGGAGGAAACCCUGUAAAUAAUCUUAUCCUGGUACACCACUAAAAUACAUUCAUGGGCUUGUUAAGGGGCAUAACAUAGGGACUUUAAUAUAGGCUGUGGCAGAAUGUGUUGCAUUAAAUGGGCAUUUUCUUAGUUUGAUUAUUUUGGAAACUGAUUAUUAAGUUGCAUGGGAAAAAAACACUAAAAAAAAGGUUGGGGAAAAAAAGCAUUUUCUUACCCUGCUAUAUGGAUGUUAAAAAAAACCUGUUCAGAAAAAACAACUACUGUGUGAGUGCUUUAAGUUUUUUGUGACCUACUGGAUGCAGUGAGCUUCUUCGAGACAUGCUGUUUCUGAAAUUGCCGUCCAAAUCUUAUGACAACAAUAUCUGUUGAUCAAGCCUAGUCAGAUGAAAUCAUUGCUUAGGAUAAAGCUGGUGUUCUUCAGUAAAUUGUAAGCCAGUGUUGUCAACAUGUUUAGCACUGCAACAUCUCAUGACAAGUUCGCAUGCUGCACAGUGAUGUACGGUAAAAUGUUAUAUUGAGCACUAUGUAUAAUUUCAUGCCUUACCACAAAAUGCCUAAUAAAAGCUGACUCACUUUUCUGUUAACAGAAGUAGCUUUUUCUUUAAGAGUAUAUGGAGUGACGUUGCAAUUUCGAAGGGAUGCCAAGAGGC